GUCACAUGUACCCGUGUCCUAGCGAAGACAUGGAGGCCCCCGGUAACAUGCCGGAUGUAAGCGGGGAUGCCAAAGAAGGGGCGAAAAAAAAGAAAGAGGUCAGCUUCUCGCUGGACGAGGACAACAACAUCAACCAUCCACCUGCCAUGACAACCUUUAAUCCCAUUGGGUCCGACAAAUACGAUCUGAUCCCAGAGAAGGACAGGAAUAAAGUUAAAGUAAGUUGAUAUCCAUUGUACUUUUCUAAUCCAUUAUGUAGACAGGGAACUUAAUAUUGCAAUUGUCUAAACCAUUAUGUCUGUCCGAGGAACCUAUCAAUGUACAUGUCUAACCCAUUAGGUAUGUCCAGGGAACUUAUUACUGUACAUAUGUCUAACCCAUUAGGUAUGUCCAGGGAACUUAUUACUGUACAUAUGUCUAACCCAUUAGGUAUGUCCAGGGAACUUAUUACUGUACAUAUGUCUAACCCAUUAGGUAUGUCCAGGGAACUUAUUACUGUACAUAUGUCUAACCCAUUAGGUAUGUCCAGGGAACUUAUUACUGUACAUAUGUCUAACCCAUUACGUAUGUCCAGGGAACUUAUUACUGUACAUAUGUCUAACCCAUUAGGUAUGUCCAGGGAACUUAUUACUGUACAUAUGUCUAACCCAUUAGGUAUGUCCAGAGAACUUAUUACUGUACAUAUGUCUAACCCAUUAGGUAUGUCCAGGGAACUUAUUACUGUACAUAUGUCUAACCCAUUAGGUAUGUCCAGGGAACUUAUUACUGUACAUAUGUCUAACCCAUUAGGUAUGUCCAGAGAACUUAUUACUGUACAUAUGUCUAACCCAUUAGGUAUGUCCAGGGAACUUAUUACUGUACAUAUGUCUAACCCAUUAGGUAUGUCCAGGGAACUUAUUACUGUACAUAUGUCUAACCCAUUAGGUAUGUCCAGGGAACUUAUUACUGUACAUAUGUCUAACCCAUUAUGUAUUUCCAGGAAACUUAAGAAAGUAAUACAUUUUACUAGAUCAGUUUUCAUAAAUAGAGUAAAUGUAAGCAUCAUAUUAGUGUCCCAAAGAAACGAUACUUUCUUUGUGGUCCAAUAGAUGCGAUCUGUCAGUGACUUGUUAAUAACAUUGAUUUAGUAAUGGAUUACCUGUAGUGUGUUACCUGCAGUGGGUCACCUGUAAUGGGUUACCUGUAGGUGGUUUUGGUUGUUGUGCCGUCUUUAAUGUUUCUAUGUCGGUGUGUGACUGGGAUUGAUCUGUAAGGAAGACAGAUGUUUUUAACCUAUGUUUGCUAGUGGUAACUCUUCUAUUUCUUUUUAUCAUUAGUUGGUUUGUGGCUGUGUAUAAAAAUUGUAAGUGACCGGCUAAAAUAACUAUGCUGGUUCAUCUCAUCUUUGAACUCACCUACCCCUGUUGUUCACAUUGAACUCACCUACCACUGUUGUUCACGUUGAACUCACCUACCCCUGUUGUUCACGUUGAACUCACCUACCCUUGUUGUUCACGUUGAACUCACCUACCCCUGUUGUUCACGUUGAACUCACCUACCCCUGUUGUUCACGUUGAACUCACCUACCCCUGUUGUUCACGUUGAUCUCACUUACCCCUGUUGUUCAAGUUGAACUCACCUACCCUUGUUGUUCACGUUGAACUCACCCCACCCCUGUUGUUCACGUGCCUGGCAUUGCUCCCGUCCACAGACUGACCUGCUGACCAGCAACCACUACCAGGCCGACAAACACACGAAGAGCUCCAGCUCCAAGAAGGACAUCAACAACUUCAACUUUCACCAGGUUCACCCUGCGGGCCCUGGUCACGUGUUCACAAAUCGCCAGGUGAGAUCCUUUACGUCAUUUCCGUUCAGAAUGUUAGCCAUAGAGUUAGUCACGCACCCCUGUACGUUGGUCACGCUCCCCUGUACGUUGGUCACGCAUCCCUGUACAUUAUAGUCAUGCACCCCUGUACGUUACCCAUGCAGCCCUGUAUGUAUGAUAUAAUCUGUCAGCACUAAAUCCGAGCCCGAUUUUUGUGUGAUUCAUUUUAGAUUUACAUUACAGUAACAAAUAUAUUGUUAUUAAUACAUUAACUAUGAGUUUUGUUAUGGACACUGAUAUGUAUUUUUUGUUGGGGGAGAGGGGUGCUUAAGUAAUUUUAGAGGGUUUUUUUUUUUUCAUUUGGAGUUUGACAUUUAUUUUCAUUUUAUGUAUGCUAUCAAUGCGUACUUAUUUUUAGUAACUAAAUAUUAAAUCAUAAUUAUGUAUUGCCGUGUUUCAUGACAGAUAGGCACAUUAAAAAACAAAACAAAAACUGAGUGACUUACUGAAACAAAUUAAUGUUCCAACCCAAAAGUCGUCACGUACGUCACUCGCCAUGUAAUGGCACACACUUGUUCUUUAUUUUUGACCCACAGACACACGCUAAAUUCUUAGGGUGUGGACACAGACACACGCUAACUUCUUGGGGUUUUGACCCACAGACACACGCUAAAUUCUUAGGGUGUGGACACAGACACACGCUAAAUUCUUAGGGUGUGGACACAGACACAUGCUAAAUUCUUAGUGUGUGGACACAGACACACGCUAACUUAUUGGGGUUUUGGGUUGUUUAAGUGCAGUUGUCUAAGCUUAAUUUUAUAACUAUUUAAAUAUAAAUUCCAUUUGGUUACAAAGAAAACAUUCACAACACAACACUUUACCGAAGCAAUCGUCGCUAGAUUUACCCUCAAUGUGUCACCCUCAUUGAGCCAACCAUCGCUAGAUUUACCCUCGAUGUGUCACCCUCAUUGAGCCAACCAUCGCUAGAUUUACCCUCUAGUCUCUAACACACCGAGCGACUUGAGAUCUUAAAUGUCUUCAUGUAGUGAGCCACCGAGCCGUCAGCAUCUCACCACCUUUCCAAGCCAUGCAUAUCGGUCCAAGUCCUACCACAUAUCGUGGCACUUACUUUCAUACACUUACUUAGUGGCUAUUAACUAAAAGGAUAAGUAAUUAAAACCGUGUUUUGUUUUUUGUAACGUGAGGCCCCACCAUAACAACUUGUCUCCUAUUGUCCAUCUUCAAGACUGACCACUUGCAUGAGGAUAAUCUGAGCGACGCUAGCGGUGACCUGAGCACGAGCGACAGCGGUAGGGGCGGCAGCGAUGUGGAGCAGCAGAGUCACGGUGGAGCAUCCAGAGACUCAGGUAGGCUUGCAGGAAGUGGAUCUCCCUCCCAUGCGCAUUAGCACAGUUGCGCACAUCGUGAUGCCCACACCGCGCCAACAUUUUCAGUACAAAGCCGCUUAUCCGUAGUGGCUAAUGCUAUUGUUUUAUUCUUUUUGGCCAACGCCAAGGCUUGUGGAGUAGGGUCCCGGUGGAUUGACAGAUCAAAAAUCGUUUGUUAAUCUAAUGCUCCGACUCUGAUAUCGAAACCACGAUAAUUUACGUCAUUAGUUUUUAAAAAUUUCUGGGUUUUUUAUUAUUAUUUUUUUAAUUGCGGUUUCACAUUUUCACUCAAGAAAUGUUCUAUGAUUGGGACAGUUGGAGUCACGGUUGAAAUGUUGUUGGUUCUUAUAAGACAUGCAUUUGAAACAGGACACGGCGAUAUCACAAUUAAAAGUAAGAUAAAAUGUAUAAAUUUCAAAACAGAAACGAAACAAAUUUAGAACAUUUAUAUGGCUAAGACUAAGAGGGCUUUUUUUGCUUUUUAAAAAAAAAAAUGUUUUGUUGUUGUUUUUCUAAAAAAUCGGCCAUGACUAAGGGGGUUGACUUACAGUAUGUGCUUUGUUACAAACAUAUUAACAUCGGCCAUGACUAAGGGGGGUGACUUAUAGUAUGUGCUUUGUUACAAACAUAUUAACAUCGGCCAUGACUAAGGGGGUUGACUUACAGUAUGUGCUUUGUUACAAACAUAUUAACAUCGGCCAUGACUAAGGGGGGUGACUUAUAGUAUGUGCUUUGUUACAAACAUAUUAACAUAUCAAAUCUUACAUCAGUGGAUGUCCACCAUUAACUGCAUUAAUUUGGCUUGAAUUGUUUUUGCGUGUCUGCAAGUUGUUUUUUUUUUCCUUUAAAUAAACACCACCCCUAAACCCACCCACCCCGGGGGUUUUGCCUUCAUAAGCGUAGCUAGAUUGGUUGGCGCCCGGGGACAAGAUUCAUUUCAUGCCCCCCUCCCACCUCCCCAACCUUUUACUCUGAAAUCCAUUAUUUUCAUCAAUAAUAUGCUACCAAUUCCCAUUUCGGCACUCGCUCUAGUUCGGCGACCGGGGACAUAUGGCCCCCCACCUCCCCCCCCCCCCCUCAAUGUAAAACACAUGUGAUGGGUCUGAUGGUUGAUUUAUCAAAUUAAACGUUCCCGAACUGACCCCAUUAAUCUUCUCUAACUUUGCCUUUAAACUCCCCUGACUGCUAAUGCGACAUUAUAAUUUGCACGAUCAAUCUCAAGAUGCAUAAAACGUGUACUCUCCUCAAAAUGUAUUCCUCCAGAAUGUACUCUGCUUAAAAUAAUUUCCUCCUCAAGGUACCAUACUCAAAUGAAGACCUUCUAUGCUCCCGGUUAAAUAGCUAAGAUCUUCUUUAAUUGGUAAUAUUUAUAAUUUAAAAAAAAAAAAAAAAAUGCAAACCUAGUUACCAAACAGCUUAAAGUUAUCAUAACUUAACAAAUAAUAGUGAGUAACUGUAAAGAGCAUUCGAUUUUUUUUUCUUUUGCCUUGUAAAAGAACAAAAAUAAUCUUCUUUGGCACAAACCAUAUCCAUAAUUCCUAUAAAUUUCCCUUUUUUAUUUUUCAAAGUUCCUAUAAUCCUUAAACCAGCAAUAAAUACCCUAUCACCCCCCCCCCCUCAACCAACCCGGCUCGUAUAGAGAUUAUCAGGACAGGCCGACCAUACGAAUUCCUCUAGGCAUAACUCCCAGAGUUCCCAGCUCUAUAAAUUUCCCUUUUUUAUUUUUCAAAGUCCCUAUAACCCUUAAACCAGCAAUAAAUACCCUAUCCCCCCCCCCCCCCUCAACCAACCCGGCUCGUAUAGAGAUUAUCAGGACAGGCCGACCAUACGAAUUCCUCUAGGCAUAACUCCCAGAGUUCCCAGCUCUCUCCCCCCGACUCCAACCGCCGCCACGCUAGACUGAUAACCAGAUAAACGAAGCCAUCAUUCCUGGCACCCUAUCACCGGGCGUCGCUUUCAGACGCCCUUCGGGACUUCUCCCAACCGCACCGGGGCUCUGAUCUAUCGUGCAGGGGCGCGGACGGUGCUACGGCCUUCAGGUUUUCGCUAAAUUUUUAUAAACUUCGGUUGGGGAGUGGGCGGUGGGUAGGGGAGUGAUGGACUGGACUGGAGUACAGGGUCAUUUAGUUCAAAUGGACGCGUUAGCGAAACACGAGGUGGAAUGCCAUCUAGUUCCGUGGAGAGUUGGUGCGGUGCAUGCGCAUCAAUGUGUGGUGCAAACUAAAAAUGUCUUCUUCUUUUUUUUUUAAUUCAUUGCAUGGGCAGGUGGUUGGCUGUCCAUAUCAGCAUGUGGGCAUGCCUGGUGAGAUAAGGGUUUUAAUCAAUAGCUUCUCGCGUGAUAGCUCAUGGAUGCAGCUGUUGCUGGUUUACUGCAGAGGCCCGGCAACGAUAAUUUCAUAAUUACAUCAUCAGCUCAGCAGAGUCACGUCUCGGCACUUUAAUCUGACAUUUAUGUUGGACUCUGAGUAGUGUUUGUGUGAGCAGUGAAUAAAUGCGUCGCAUAUUGUUGUCUUAUCUCAACGGCGAUAAAUGCUGAGAUAUGCUUGGGUUGUGUGUUAGCGAGCCGCCAAAGUCGACCACGAUUUCCUACCAUCAUGUGGUUUGCAUAAGGCGUGGCAGAUGGCUUAAAAAACAUCAUCAGUGGUUCUAGGCAUUAGCAUAUUAGGGAACCUACUUUGGUUGUUGUUUUGUUCGUUUUUUGUUUGUUGUUAUUGUUUUAAAUCAAAGCCCACUGUUUUGAAAUUUGUAACUAUUGUAAGUUCAUAAUCACGUGACCACGGCCCUUUCUGGGUUGUCCUGGAUUUGGCUCAGUAGGGCUGUGAGCGCGGGAAAAGGGGGGGGGGGGAGAGAAGCAGAUAAAAUAAAAUCUACUUCAACUAUUAGUUAACAUCCAUCGGUCUUAGAAGUCCAAAUAAAAUGAGUAAAACAGAGUAGGGUUAAACCUGAAAAACAUAAACGCAACAAAACAGCGCACGUGUCGGCAGAAAGCCUUCCAACCAUCAUCUCUGUACCUCUGAUAGAAUUCAGGGAGGCGUCCAGUAUAGCUGCUUUCGACCAUGUGUUCGAAAUGCCCCAUGAACAUGCAAGCAUUGGGUUGACUUUUAAUUCAAUACUCGGAAGCAUUUUCAGCCUCUUGGCAACAUUUCAAUCUGAAGAAGACAUUAUUUCAUUCAAGUUUUGCCUAUACUAACAGUCUUAGAAGUCCAAGGGAGUUCAACUGUAUAAAGAUAUAUCAAAGCUCUGACUUGGAAACGUCACAGAGUAAACAGAAUUCUGUCGAUUAUUAUUAUUGUCAUUAAUAUUUGAUUAUGCUGUAGGCAUCGUGUGUAAGAUGGAAUCAAUACUUUUUUUUUGUUUUAAUCACAAUUUGUUUUUAUAGAUAUAUUUCUGAAGAAGACGAUUUUGCCUCAUGUCAACAAGAGCGUUUAUGUAUUAACUUUUAUACCGGUACCUAAAUAUCCAAAACAAUGGCGUAGAUAGGGUUAUUAUAGUAUUGACCCGCGGGUGGGAGGGGGAAGGGGGCAUACGAUUUUUCAACCAUAAAAAAUAAAUUCAAAAAAUCUUAAGGAUAAUAAAGUGCCCCCCCCCCUCCACCGGGUCAACCAUUGCCUCCGCCACACCACCUUCAUUUUCCUAAACCUAUUGAUUCUCCACAUUAACUUAUUUAUUUUCGUUUUUAUUGCAGGCGACACCUCCUUCGCCUCCUCACAGCGGGGAUUCAACUCUCACAACAACCUCAACACCACAGCCAGCACCUCCAGCACCGCCAGUAUCAUCAACCACAGCGUCCACAGCGUCCACAACAUCAACAGCCACGCCUUGAAGCCCGCAUCUAACAAAUCCUCCCAGCAGUUCCACAACAUCCACCCCGACCCACCCAGCGUCGGCACUUUUCUGUCUCCGAACCCGCCAGCAUCAUCCAUGGGCAGACCCGCCAGGGGCAGGGGCUACGCCCUUACGGGGGCUGCUUCCCAGAGCGGUAUCCCGAGUUCAUCGCAAUUCACCUCAAACGUUUUCCACAACGAUGGCAGCGCCUAUCUACCAC